AUGACAGCCUCGAACGAGAUCAAAAAACCAUCAUUUGAUGAAAUUCUUCUUGAGCCCUAUUAUUAUCUUUUGUCUCAGCCUGGAAAAAGUGUUCGAACAAAGUUAAUAUCAGCCUUUAACCUUUGGCUCAAUGUGUCUGAAGAUACUUUAAAGGCAAUCACAAAGGUUGUUGAAAUGCUUCACACUGCCAGUCUAAUGAUUGAUGAUGUCCAAGACGAUUCAGUGCUGCGUCGUUCUGUUCCAGUAGCCCAUAAUAUUUAUGGAAUACCCCAAUCUAUCAACUGCGCAAACUACGUUUACUUUCUAGCCCUACAAGACAUUCUGAAACUUAAUGAUUCCACAAUGGUGACCGUAUACACAGAAGAGCUCAUCAAUCUUCACAAAGGCCAAGGAAUCGAAUUAUUUUGGCGUGACUCUUUAACGUGCCCCACAGAACAAGAGUAUAUUGACAUGGUCAAUAACAAAACCAGUGGGCUAUUACGCUUGGCCGUUCGUUUAAUGCAAGCAGCCAGCGAAAGUACAGUUGAUUAUACACCGCUUGUAAAUAUGAUUGGAAUUCACUUUCAAGUACGAGACGACUAUAUGAACCUUCAAUCUCAAGAGUAUUCUCAAAACAAAGGAUUCUGUGAAGAUCUUACGGAAGGAAAAUUCUCUUUUCCGAUAAUACAUUCUAUCAGAGCUGAUAGAUCAAACCGACAGCUACUCAACAUAAUUAGUCAGAAACCAACCUCAAUUGAAGUCAAGAAAUAUGCACUUGAAAUUAUUAGACGCACAGGAAGUUUUGAGCAUGUUAAAAGCUUCUUGGCAGCGAAAGAAAUUGAAAUGCAGGAAGAGAUCGAGCGUUUGGGUGGUAACCCCUUGUUAGAAAAGGUUGUUUCUGGGUUAUCGCUUUCCAAUUAAGAUUAUAUUCAAGAAAAUAAAACCCAAAAAAAAAGAAGAAACCUUUGUGUGUGUGCUUUUG